AGUUGAAUGGUGAAAGUAGGCAAGUUAGAGACUUGAUGGCCGAUUGUUUUGUUAAAACCGUUUCUCCCUCAACCGGUGUUUGAGAAAACAUAAAGAUGGCGGACGCCGACAGAAUCGAGCGAGGCCCGGGUGCUACACCAAAGAACUUCGUCAAGGCAUUGGAAAAAAGAGAGAUGGCACGGCUUCAGGUGCCCAAGGUUAACAUUUUUUACUUCAACGGGGAUAAAGUGUCCGAGUGGCUUGAGUUGCUGGAGCAGGUCACUAGUGAGGCGUCAGAAGCAGACAAAUUCAAGUUGAUGCCUAGGUAUGUAUGGUGGGAGCUUAGACCUGAGGUAAUGAAGGUAGCGGCCGGGGCAAAUGGUGAGUGGGCAAAGUUUAAAGAGGAAAUGCAGAGACGUUUCAAGUUAGGUGACGGUCUGCUCACCAAAGAAGACCUGGAAAUGUUGAGACGGGACGAGUUCUCCACAGUGACGACGUUUGAGAAAAUAGCAAAGAAAGUCCUAGGGUUGGCAGAAGAGGAGCAGUGUGCCACUUUCCUGGGACACUUCAAGAACUGGGAGGGCUCGUCGCUAACUAAGAAGGCUGCGCCAGGAAAGAAGCUCACUUGGGCUGCCAUAAAGGAAGGCGUAUGGACGGAGAACUGGACCAGGUUCGUGUUGAGGGUGGACCCAACCGCUCUAGCUGAUUCGCUGAAGAACUACGCUCCCUCAGAUCCAACCAUUGCCAGAUGGUUGACGUACAUCUGGAUGUUUGAUUUUGAGCUGGAGCGGAUUCCAUGGAACAAAAAUAGGGCGAAUGGGUUGAGUCGAGUCAACUGGGGCAAGAACAGCGAAGGAGUGAUCGAGGAUACUCUCCCAGUCGACGGGUUUUUGAAGAAUGAGGAGGAUGUGAGACUUCACAUCAACUCUUGGUCUUUGGCGGUAGGUAACUACAUUACUCCUGGACGGCCGGUGUGGUUGACACCUCCAGGGUAUGCAUGCUUGCCAAACUUAGUCCCUAAACCCUAUGUGGAGGAGGACUCAUGGGGGAUGCCGGAUGUGCAGUGGAUGAUGGAUCUGGCCUUGGCAAACAAACACCAGUUGGGUGAGGACCUGAUCACGAUGGAGGAUGGAGCCCGGCAGGUGGAGGAUCAUGAAAGAUCUGUAGGAGGGGCUUACCUCCUGGCCAAUGCCUUGUUGCAGGAGGAAGUGGCCAGAAACAUUGGGCAGGAUCAGGAAAGGGGCGAGAAUGUGAUAUAUGAGAAGAAGGACGAUGAUUUCGAAGAAGGCGAGAUUAAGGAGGCUUUUCGAGCAGAAGAGUAUGAUGGGGUUUAUCUUGAACUCGGAAUGCUUCUUUCGUGCGAAAGAAGAGAAAGAGAUGCCAGCGAGAAAGUCUUGAAGAUGAGACCGAGCUUUCUGGUAAGGGAUGGGCACCUAUUCAUGAAGAGCAAGGGGAGGAAUCCCAGAAGGGUAGUCUGUGGCAUCGCUCGUCAGAUCGAUGUCAUGGCCGCCCUGCACGACGGCACAGCUGGAGGGCACAGGACCACGCUAUGGUAUGACAGGCAUGCAACGUUCCCUAUCGAGAGCUUCCUGAAGACAUGGAGGCGACAGGACCUCGAGUCAGAGUUGACGUUCGAGGAACUGCUCGAUUUAAGGGCGCGUCAGAUUGGAGUCGUAGAGGAUAGGAUUGAAGGAGCUGCGAGUAAGGUGGCAUAUAACCGGGCACAGGAUAAGUUCAGGUGGGACAAGAUGGCAAGAGUGAGGAAGGAGCCACUCAAGGUGGGAGACAUGGUGCUGUUGUACGACUCAUCCCUGGAGAAACAAUGGUCACAGAAGUUGGAUAAGCGGUGGUUGGGACUGUACAAGGUGGCAAGAGUUGGAGAGCAUGGCGCGUACCAGAUUGAGGAGAUAGACGGAACAGCCUGGAGAGAUUGGGUGUCAGGCUCGAGACUGAAGAAGUUUGUUGCUCGAGAUGAGACAUGGGUCAGAAGAGAAGAUAGACCACCCAUCUUCACAGGAGGGAACGUCGAACUAUUUCUGACCGAGUUCCAACGGCACACGAGCGAGUUUGGAUGGGAUGGAGCGAGGAUGUUGCGAGAGGUACGUGGAGAGGGCGAAUGGGCUGAGCCCAUUGCCAAGUACGUGCGGGAGUCAGCGACCUGGACGGAGUUCGAGAGGAGAAUGGAGGGACUGCACCCAUCGCCCAWGGGGAGAGAUGGAGUACCGAUCCGAUUUGAUGGRACGAGCUUGGACGAGUUCUUGUGGGCUUAUGACCGGUUUGCGGACGAGCAGAACAUUGUACCUGAGACCAGAGUGAGAGGAUUCCUCCAGUUUGUGAAGAGGUAUAUCAGGAUGUUCGUCAGGAGUGUUGUGGAGAGAGCGUUGCAUUGGGGAGACUGCAGACGACUACUGAGGAGCUAUUACAYUCYAGCACGCCAGGCAGAGGAGAGAAAGAGUAUGGAAAAGAAAAGGAAGGAGCCUGAGGCUGAAGGCAGGAGGACUUUUGAGAGAGGUGCCUCGUCCAGAUCUCAGSAGGGUGAGAGAARAAGGGAACAUGCUUCCCACAAGAUGGAGAGAARAGAGGARCUGCCGGCUAAGAGGARUCAGGAGAGGAGGGAGUCAGAGGUGCCUGAGGCUCCUCCUCAGUCUAUUCAGAGACCAGAGGAUCAGGCUAUGGCAGAAACAGGACCAGAGGCACCCUGUGAGCUGACAGGACAGAGGGUGGAUGAGGACCAGGCUGCMAGACAGAAGGAAUUUGACARACAAGAAAGGGCCGCCAGGGAACAGGAGAUCAGAGCAGAAGUCAGGAGGAAGAACCUGGAGGAACUCCACAGGAAAGUGGAGCAGGGAGAGCGGCCAGUGGACUUGAAAGACAGAAAGGGAAAGAAUGUAAGCAGUCAGCAGGAAGAAGACCCUCCUCUACUCUCUGAAGCGUGGGAGAACUUUGAUAGGUUGAUGGGAGUUGCGAGAGGACCAGAGGGACCUCAGCAAGAGAUGGGGGUGAAGUUGGUCUUCGCAGACUUGCUCACGUUGAAGGGAGUAAUGAAGGAAGGAUUUGCAGCCGCACGAGCAUCAGAUCAGAAGAUUGGAGAGAGGUUGACCAAGGUGGCUCAGAAGGCCUAUGGUCAGAGGGUGGAAUGGGAGCAGGAGACUAGGGAUCUUAAAGGGAACCAGGAGAGACAGGAUCGCGAGUUGGACGCAAUGAAAGCUCAACAGGCUUCCUUCGAGGCAAAGGAGGUAAAGUGGGAGAAGAAAAUUAAGGAGUUGGAAGCGAAGCUCGAGCAGAGGGCUCCCACAGCUUUGGUGGAUUGGACUGAGGUCGAAGGAUUUGAAAUGAAGAAGCCACCUGCAGAGGAAGCCUUCAAAAGUCAGAAGGAGGAAGAAAAGGCUGAUCUACAGGAAGGAGAAGAUGUGUCACUGUUAGACAAAGAGAUGUUACAGCCUCAGGAGGUGCACGUGGAAGAGAAAGCCAAGAGUGAGGAGUCUGAAUGGCAGAUGCCUUCCACCUUGGCACUCCUGCAGGCUCGCRAGGGACAGGAUGURACACAGCAKGCAGAGAUGGAGAGAGAUGAGGGSGCACUGCCUGUCAAUCAGAUGGUUGCUGAGGGGCAAAUGGUCCAGGGGAGCGAGGUUGAGGCUGAGCAGAGAGUAGGCCAGGARACUUGUCAGGAGUCUACCACGCCUCAGGAUAUGCCCUUGGCAGUAGGCUUGGAGGAGGCGUUGGGCUCAUGGGCCACAGGGUCUGGUUCAGCAGUUCGAGCGAGUGGACCAGUGAGACAGACAGAGGAGAGAGCAGCCUGCCCCACUCCAUCUGAGACUCCCCAGCAGGAGGUUACGAGCGAAGUUACGGCAGUUUCAUCCUCAGUACUCUCGCAGGAAGAAGAGAAGACGGCACAGAAGAAGCCUGRGAAGUGUUUCUACUGCAAGAAGGGCAAACACUUCUCUGAUGAUUGCCCCAAGUUCUAUGAGGAUGAGGCGAGAGGGUUUGUUACCAGAGUAUCCACUAGGAUUUGGAGGGAUAGGAAUGGUAAUUUGGUUAAGAAGUCUCAAGAUGGUGGUAGGAUGCAGUUGUACAGACGGAUAGGUGAGGUGAUGAUUGACUAGGAUUUGACAUUAGGGUCCGGAAAUGUUUAAACCCUGGCAUGAGUAAAACAUCUCUGACUCU